GCUGCUAUUGGUCCAGCCGAGCAACCGUACAGGGGGCGGGUACGUGAGAGAGCUCGACCAAUCGCAGGGAGACUGAGAAGAUUGGCAUUGGCGCUGACCAGUCACUGCGCGGCGGGUGGGGCGGAAAAUCCGCACGGCGCGGAGGAGAGCGUCCUCGGGGCGCCGCCGACCGCCGCCAUGGCUACGCUGAACCAGAUGCACCGGCAGGGCCGGCCCAAGCCGCCGCCUCCCAAGCCGGGGCCCACCUUCGGCCGCCCGCAGCUGAAGGGGGUGGUGGUGAGGAACCUCAUCCGCAAACCCAAGAAGCCCAACUCAGCCAACAGGAAAUGCGUGCGGGUGCGGCUGAGCAACGGGCGGGAGGUGGUGUGCUUCGUGCCGGGCGAAGGCCACAACCUGCAGGAGCACCACGUGGUGCUGGUACAGGGCGGCCGCACGCAGGACCUGCCGGGGGUGAAGCUGACCAUCGUGCGGGGGAAGUACGACUGCGCCCACGUGCAGAAAAAGAAGUGAGCGCAGCCGAAGGAUCACUGCUUAUACGUUCAUUAAAGCGUUGCCUUCCCGGAG